ACAAAUUUAUGCAACCCACUGUGGCAACUCUACCAACACAUGCAUACAACUGAUCGCUUGUAUGUGUGCAUAUGCAUGUGUUUGCAUGUGUGUUUUGCAAACUAUUUGGGCGUACAAAACAAAUGUGAACCAAAUGCAUAGAUAUUUAUUUUUUGGAUAACAAAACAUAACACACAACACACAAAACCAACACAACAGGCACACAUACAUGCACACGCACAGAACAAAUUGUGAUACACUACAUUAAGAGUCCAACAGCACGUGGAGUGGUCAGGCAACAACAAAUAGAAGAACAACACACCUAUUCGAGUACAAACCCAUCUAAUUCGUCAUAUACAGUCACUCAGUAAAGGCCACAAUGGAUUUCGAUCAAAUUCUUGCCAAAUGUGGCGACUUCAAUCGCUAUCAGUUCAUGAUACUCGCACUCUUUGGCUUCAUUAAUAUUAUCGUAUCAAUGCAUUACUUUACACAAACUGUGAUUAGUUUCGUGCCGGAUCAUUGGUGCUAUCAUGAAAAGCUGGUUAACAUGACGUAUAAGGAGAUAGCUGACAUCUAUUCCAAAUUCGAGAGUCCCUCGUGCACGCGUCUAGCGGACAUCAAUGCUGGAAAUGUUACGGUCAGCUCUGAGAAGUGCGAACGUUGGAUUUAUAACUAUGACUUUGGCUAUAGAAGCAUGAACACCGAGCUAAACUGGGUCUGUGACUCAGCGUAUAAGGCGCGCAUCGGCCAGUCCCUUUUCUUCAUUGGAUCCGUUGUAGGUACACUAUUCUAUGGCCUGCUGUCUGAUAAAAUUGGACGUGUGCCAGCUUUGAUAUUGUCGAACUUCUGCGGCUUUGCUGGUGAUUUUUCAACCAUCUUUACUAAGAGCGUGGCAACAUUUACGCUAUGCCGUUUCAUAUCGGGCCUGGCGGCCGAUACAAACUUUUACCUCAUGUAUAUUAUAGUUCUCGAAUACAUACGCCCCAGCAUGCGCACUCUGGGUCUCAAUAUGGCUGUGGGUCUGUUCUAUUGCCUGGGCCUGGUGUUUACGCCUUGGCUGGCAGUUUUGGCCGGGCACUGGCAGAUUUACUUGGCCUGCACAUCACUGCCCAUAUUGCUGGUGGUGCUCUACUAUUUUGUGGUGCAGGAGAGCGCACAGUGGCUGGUGACGCGCAAUGAUAUCGAUGGGGCCAUCAUGCGGCUCAAGCGCGUAGCCAGAUUCAAUGGCUGCCAUGUGACGCAGGCGGACUUCGAUGAGUUCAGGCGCCACUGUCAAAUAACACGCGAGAUGCAAGGCGGCGAUGACAAGAAGCAUGCGACGCUAUUGGACAUGUUCAGGACACCACGCAUGCGCAAGAACACGCUGAUUCUCUUCUUCAAGUCAAUGGUGAUUACACUGUGCUACGACGCCGUGUCGCGUAAUGUGGAAGGAAUGGGCAUCUCGCCCUUCAUAAUGUUCUCGUUGAGCGCCCUGGCUGUCCUUCCCUCAAGUAUUUUACUGGUGCUCCUCCAGGAUCGCAUUGGACGCAAGGGCAUGGCGUCGGGCUCGCUGCUUGUCGGCGGCUUGUUCACGGCUGCCGCUGGCAUUGCCAUUGCCUAUCAGCAGCAUAAUCACAAUGCCAUUUUGUUGGCCUGUCUGACGAUUGCAGCGCGCUUCGGCGUGGCCAUUUCGUACGAAUCGGGCUCCCAGUAUGCCACAGAACUGAUACCCACGUGUGUGCGCGGCCAGGGCGUGGCUGCGGUGCAUGUGGCUGGCUUCGCAGCCUCCUUCCUGGCGCCCUAUAUCCUUUGGCUGGGCACCUUCUUCAAGGCAGCGCCCUCUAUUAUAUUGGGCGUACUUUUCUUUGCUGGCUCCUUUGUAUGCCUGCUUUUGCCAGAGACGCUGAACCGGAGUCUACCUACUACAAUUGAGGAGGGCGAGGUCUUUGGUAAGGGCGAACGUAUGUUCGACUUCCCCUGCCUACAGCAUCACGGCGACGACGACUCGGACUCUGAGUUGGAGAAGUACAAACGCAAGCAUUCGCUCAUUGAUGCCAAGCAGCAGAUGGAGUCCGGUCAGUAUACCAAGCGCAAGCAGUCUCUGAUCGAUGCCGAUCGCGAGGAGCAGAGCCUCAAGGAUGCCAAGCAUUGAGCCAAUCUGUAAUGCUAAUGACUAGUUUGUAGUUUAGUUAAACAAUUUUGUAUAGGACCCUAAGUAAGCACUUAAAAUACUUAAACUAACAAACAACAAACACAAUAGCCCCAGGUAAAAAGUUCUAUGACAUUGAAUCUAGAAUCAAACUGUAGCUUGUUCAACGAAAAAAUCCAGCAGCUGUUAUCCCUUUAAAUUAUAAAUAAAUAAUUAAAAUAGGAAGGAAAAGCGCUAAUUCAGCUGUUUAAAUACCUCACAAUCAACAAUUCAAAAAUUAAACGUAAAGUUACAAUAUGUGCGCUCAGCAUCUUGACAUCUUUUUCGAUAUAUAUUCUUUCUAUACGUGCACGCUUACAUGCUAUGCAUAUAUAUUAUGAUAUAUAUAUGAACAUAUAUGUAAUAUUUUAGGCUUGUUUAUCUAUCUAGAUUUGUAAGUAACAAUAUACAAUAUAAAAAUAUAUAUGUAUACAAUAUAUAUAACUCAUAACUUUACUCAAAAACUAGCCUUUGAAAAUAUUUUCCAAAUGUGUGUAAAAUAUCAAAACUGGAAUCGGAAUCGUAUAGUUAACAUUUAAGCGGCACAAUUUCACUUAACUGAAUGAAUUAAAUACGUCAAUACAUUUGUAUGUAAUAGU